CAGCAGGCUAAUGCCAAGCUUACUAAUACUCAACUCCUCUUAAGCUCUCUCCUUUCUCUUUCCCUACCUGCCUUGUCUCCUCCAUUCUCACUACCUCUCUCCCAGGUGAUCCAUAUUUGGCUGAUUAGGUGAAUGAAGCACAUCAAACACAGAGAAACAGGGAUCCUUUUUAAUCACAUAUAGUUUUAUACAACCGACACAAUUUUCCUAGGUACAUUGGCUAGUUUUAUUUUGUUAAAGACAUUUUUACCAAUUAAGAGUCUCAAACAAUCAUACGUGUUUUAUAUAGAAGAUAUAGUUUCAUUUUCAAGCUAAAGUUAGCCUACUUUGAAGGACCUGUCCUUGGAAAUCCUGCCUCUUACCCAAGGACCGCUGGAGAUAGGUACCAGCUUCCCCCACGACCCUGUACAGAUGAGUGGAUUUAAACAGUGCAUGGAUGGAUGGCAGGGGUCCUGAUGAUGGCAUUAGGAGUCAUUCUUUGUUUUCCCAGAUGGAAACCAGGCCUAACUCUCAGGCUGAUUAGGAAGGCCUCCAGAGGGACUUUAAAGAAGCCUUUUAAGGAUCAUAUGGAAGCUGAAGAAAGUGUGGCAGACUUUUGGAUGAUGGCCUGGUGACAAGAAGGGCAACAAGGAAGCCACUCUAUCCCAAGAAAAGCAUCAAGGAGAUACUGAAAUUCUGCAGGAAGUACCAGGAUUGCACUGCAGGGGGCUAAGGCCCUCAACAUCUAUCAAGGUGUGAGUGAAUGCCCUCGCUCGUCCUCUCUUCCCUUCCCACUCUCCAGUGAUCUUCCCAUCAAGUCAUCUCGCUGCGCGGUUCUGUGGACACCAUGCUCAUUCACUGGCUUUCCUGGCUGGUCCUGCUGUCCCUGGACUGGACUCCAGGCAUCCGGGCAUUCACCACCACCAGGGCUCAGGGGCUUAGGGGUCGUAUCCAGAGGGACCGCCGAAAUAUCCGGCCCAACAUUAUCCUCAUCAUGACCGAUGACCAGGAUGUUGAGUUGGGGUCUCUGAUGGUGAUGAAUAAAACCAGAAAGAUAAUGGAAGAUGGCGGUAUGAGUUUCAUCAAUGCCUUUGUUACCACGCCGAUGUGUUGCCCGUCAAGGUCAUCCAUGCUGACGGGAAAGUACGUCCACAACCACAACACCUACACCAACAAUGAGAACUGUUCCUCUCCGUCUUGGCAAGCGCAACAUGAACCGCGCUCCUUUGCGGUCUACCUCAACAACACUGGCUACAGGACAGCGUUUUUUGGCAAAUACCUCAACGAGUACAACGGCACCUACAUCCCACCUGGGUGGCGUGAAUGGGUCGGAUUGAUCAAAAAUUCCCGCUUCUAUAAUUACACUCUCUGCCGCAAUGGUUUCAAGGAGAAACACGAAGCUGACUAUGCCAAGGAUUAUUUCACAGAUCUGAUCACCAAUGACAGCGUCAGCUUUUUCCGCAUGUCCAAGAAGAUAUACCCCCACCGUCCCGUGAUGAUGGUCAUCAGUCACGCUGCCCCUCAUGGUCCAGAAGACUCAGCCCCACAGUAUGCUGAGUUCUUCCCAAAUGCUUCACAACACAUUACCCCCAGCUAUAACUACGCCCCAAAUAUGGACAAGCAUUGGAUCAUGCAGUACACAGGCCCUAUGAAACCAAUCCACAUGGAGUUCACCAACUUCCUACAUCGGAAAAGGUUGCAGACACUUCUUUCUGUGGAUGACUCUGUGCAGAAGAUUUAUGACAUGCUGGAGGAAACUGGAGAGCUGGACAACACCUACAUUAUCUAUACAGCAGACCACGGCUACCAUAUCGGUCAAUUUGGGUUAGUCAAGGGAAAAUCAAUGCCUUAUGAUUUUGAUAUCCGGGUGCCAUUCUUCCUGAGAGGACCAAAUGUCGAUCCAGGGGCAAUAAACCCCCAUUUGGUGCUGAACAUCGACCUAGCUCCCACUAUUCUUCACAUUGCUGGACUGGACACCCCUCCAGAUAUGGAUGGCAAGUCCAUCCUUAAGUUGCUGGAACAGGAGCGAACUGGCAACAGAUUCAAACCCAACCGGAAACCUAAAGUCUGGAGAGAUACAUUCCUGGUGGAGCGAGGUAAGAUCCUGAGGAAGAAGGAUGACUCUGUGAGCACUCAACAUACCAACAGCCUUCCAAAGUACAAGAAGGUCAGAGAAACAUGCCAGCUGGCUGAACUCCAGACACCAUGUGAGCAGCCUGGACAGAAAUGGCACUGUGUGGAAGAGAUCACAGGAAAGUGGAGGAUUCAGAAGUGUAAAGGUGGUUCUAAGGAUGGGUCCAGGAAGAGGGUUCGCAGCCUAAGGGCACCCAGCAGUUACGACAACAGAGAAAAGGUGUGUGACUGUGAAGACCCUUUACACAAACCAUCCAGAGCGGAUCGGCGAUCCCAAAGACGGUUCUCUUCAGGAGGACAGCGUUUUCGCCCCCGUUUCGUCCACACUCGGCCUGCGCGAUCGCUGUCUGUGGAAUUUGAGGGCCAUAUAUACGACAUUGACCUGCAAGCAGAUGACCAGUCCGGCAUCCGCCGCCGCGGCAUCUCAAAGCGGCAUUACAACUCAGAGGACCCAGAAUAUGACUUGGGGUCUGACGACGGUUCGGAGGAAAUGUUGGCAGAUGAUACUAAUGCAGUGGGAUACCCAAACUCUGUGAAGGUUACACACAAAUGUUACCUCCUGAUGAAUGAUAGCAUUCACUGUGAGAGAGAAAUCUACCAAUCCUCCAAAGCCUGGAAAGAUCAUAAGAGCUAUGUCGAUCAGGAGAUUGAAGCCCUUCAAGACAAAAUCAAGAACCUUCGUGAAGUUAGAGGCCAUCUGAAAAGGACACGACCAGACGAUUGUGACUGUGGAAAGAGCUUUUUCAACAAAGGCCUCAGAAACAAAGGAGAAAGACUCAAGGGCAGGAAUGAACAGCUACAUCCAUUUAAGGAGACCACAGACGACAUUGACGGAAAGGCCCCGCUAUAUAAUGAGAUCCGGCGCAGGAAGAAGGAAAGGAAAGAGAAGAAGCGACAGAGGAAGGGAGACGACUGCAGCCUGCCAGGCCUCACUUGCUUUACACAUAACAAUGACCACUGGCAGACGGCCCCCUUCUGGACAUUGGGUGCAUUCUGUGCGUGCACCAGCUCCAACAACAACACCUACUGGUGCCUGAGAACCCUCAACGAGACCCACAACACGCUCUUCUGCGAGUUUUCCACGGGCUUCCUGGAGUACUUUGACCUCAACAGCGACCCAUACCAGCUGACCAACGCAGUGUAUGCUGUGGAUCGGGACGUCCUGAACACACUCCACGCACAACUCAUGGAGAUGAGGAGUUGUCAAGGGUACAAGCAGUGCAAUCCUCGACCUAAAGGCUUGGAUGCAGCACACAGCCAGUAUGGGAAGGACGACAGGGUUAAGCUGCCCAACUUGACAGAUGAGGAGGUGAACUGGCAGGAACUGGAGGAUUUGUAUAGCAUAAACGAAAGCCUAUAUGAAUGUAGGCCUGACUACAGACCCAGCCCAGACAACUGGGCCAACUUCCAGAAGGAUGUUGAUAAAAUGUUUGCACUGCGACACGUUUUAAAUCAAUUCAACCAAACCCGAAAGCUUAACAACGCCACCCUGCCAGAGCUGGGCUCUGGGGCCGGGGGUGGAAGUCUUGAAGAGGGCAGCGGAGAAGAGCUGGCCUCUACCAGCGACGUCUGGCCGGUUCUGGCUCCAGACACUCCACUCGCCACCCCCGAUCCCAGCAGAAAGCCACCUGCACCUUCAAAACCAGAAGAGAAACUGAAAUCUGUUGUAAACGACCUUCCUGAAAGCCUUGUGAACAGACUCAAAGAAUCUGUUUUGUCAUCGUUGGGUCCACGCAAAGCCAGGGUCAUCCCGAGUGACGUCUGGGCGCGGCAGCUGGAGGAGCUGGAGGAAGAAAUGUUUAGCGGGAAUGGACCAACUGAGCUGGAGACACGACAUGAUAACCUCAUGCGUACUCACAACAGCCUGCAUGCCCAGGUAGACCCCAACCAGCAGGUUCUGGGCCCCAGUCUGGACCCGGAAGAUGAGGACAUUUUCCAGGCUCAAGGCUAUCUUCCUCUCUCGCCACAGACUCUGAGGCCAAACGUGCAGAGCAGCACCACAAGAAGCCCAACCAUCACCUCCCCCACACAGACUAGCACAGCUCAGACUGUCGUGGUGGUCCUAAAAGCCCCGCCCCAGUCCCCCCUGCCACUAAGCUUGGACCAUGAGGGCAGCGGCUCUGUGACUGAGCCCUCCAAUAAGACCCUCUGAGGCAGACGGCUGGUCUGGUAAACCUGCCCAAGAUCUACUACAGACACUAGUUAGAAGAUGAGCUGUGGAGGAGGAAUGGCGAGCAGUGCUGCCUCAGUCAAGCCAGAUUUAUACAAUAAGUCAUAAAGUUAAUAUUUUUUUACUGGUGCCAACAUUUAUUAGUCAACAGUGUUACUAAUAAAUGUGUGUAUGAUAAAUAUAUAUAAAAAGCCUUAAUGCAGCCAAACUGAAGUUGGUAUUAAAGAUGAUUAUUUCCAUACAGAAAGGCUGAACAUUGUUUAUAAAUAUUUAAUUUUUUUUUCUUCUAGAAAAACAGUGGGUGGUGAAACCAUCUCAGCAGCUGAUUAGAUGAUUACAGAGUUAUUCCGCGGUCUUCUGCCCGGUCGCAGGCCUCUCUGAGAACUUUGUUUGCCCACAUCAUGGCUCAACUCACUGAUAUAGAAAUUUGUUUCCAUUAUGACUUCAUAAUUCAGGAAUCAAAACAAAAUUGGACAACAACAAAGGGAUGGUAGUUGAUUUUUGGAUGUUUGCUGCUAGCAUUUUUCUCCUUCAGCGUGGCAAUAAUUUCAGUUUAGACAAUCAUGAAAGUAUUUACUUUAGACUAUCUUCGUGUAGUACCUCUGGAGUUUGCACUCUAUGAUAAUUCACACAUUUAUUUUGUUGAUGUGGCUAAUCACAAGAAAAUGCUUAAAUAAUCGCCGAGGGGUGGAAAAUGUUCACUGAUGUUUUUUCACUGAUUACUGAUGAAGUUCUUAUCCAGAGUUACAACCCCCCCCCCCCCCACACACACACACAUUUACUGGCACUCCUGGGUAAAAGGUGUAAACAUACCUUAAAAUAAAUUAAUACAUAACUGCAGUAGCAUCAUCUCAAACAAAAAAUGUUAGGGAAAAAACAAAUGUUUAUUUGUAGUAUCAUUUAAUUUAACACACACGAUGGCCCCCGUUUUUGUCAGAGGCCACCAAGUUUAGUUUUAAAAUGCGUUAGAAUUUCAGAGUUCAUGAUGCCGUGCCCUCUAACGAGGUUCCCAAGGCCUUUGGAAGAGAAACAGGCCCACAGCAUCACAGGUCCUACAUUGUGUCUAACAGUGGUCAUUAGGGUGGUUUCCCACAUAUUUUUGCUUUGUUUUAUCUAAACACGCCCCUAUGGUUUUUUGUUGAAAAGCUCGAUUUGUGUCUCAUCUGACCAAAGCACACAGUUCCUGUUAAGGUCCCAGUAGUAUUUAAGAAAUUUGACAUGUUUAUGUUUGUAAUGGUAGCUCAGGGAAGGCUUCUUCCUGGCAUGACUCUUAAACAAAGGGUCUGCAUGGUGAGAGCAUUUAAUGGCUGUUUUGCAGACAUGGUGACCCCAAGAGGCCGUGUUUGUGGUGAGCUUUGGAAUUUUUUUUUCACCUCCAUUACCAUCAACAAGAUAAUCUCAUCCAGCCUUCUUUUCGAGUUUGUUUUUCAUUUCCUAAAUUAUUGUAGUAGCUAUUUUCUUGUAGCCGUUUCCUGACUUACAAUUCUGACUUACUUGAAUGACAUGUUUUCUUGUCUUUUUGUGGUUAAGAAAAUUGGUCUCUUAUCUUUAAAAAGUGUAUAAAUGAAAGUGUCAUUCACAAAUCUUAUAGGAAUUGUUCGUGGUUUAGAAUUUCUUUCACACUGAUAUUUAAACUAAAGGUUAGAUUUUUCUAUGUUUUCCUAUAAAAGAUGAAUUUAUUUUAAAGCCUUUUACACAUUUUUACCAGGGGUGGUGAUAAAUGUUAAGGUGGCUUUACAUGUGCAAAUGGGAACAUUUAAACUGUGCUCUUUUAUAUGAUAGUAUAUUUUGGUUCUAAAGCGAAUUAUUGGAAACCCACUGAAUGUCUGAGAUGUAUUUUAGCUUGAAUCUUAUUCCAUAAAACGUCUCAUUCUGCCUUCUUUACUUUCCUUAUUGACCAAUUGUGGUUUCAAGAAAGCCAUGACACUUUUGCCAAAAUAAACAGUUUUAACUUGAAA